AUGAAAUCACGGACUCUCUGCUGGCUGUGGCCGCUCAGCCUCAGCCUGCCUCUGUUGUUCUGUUCGAUAGUGAUCAGGCGGGACGGUGCGCCGCAGCGCCGCCGCGAAGCAACCGGGCUCAGGGGCUACAUGAGGAUCAGCCCCGGCAGGAAGACCAGUGAUCCUGUCGUUUUUCUUCAACAGUUCCUGGACAUGCACUGCCCCGUGUGCCUUGGUGUCAGGGGCCAGAUGCUCGGAGCCGGCGUCGGAGAGAUAGACAAGAUCGGAUGCGUGAUCCGAAUGAAACAACUCGCCGACGCGGGGGGAUGGAAAGACGUCGGGAGCCGCACCACUCUUCGGGUUGUGUCUCACACCAGCGUUCCCCUGUUGGUGAAAAACGAAACAUACUAUUUCAGACAAUCAGCAGACACCACGUACGUUGUUCUGGGUCCCGAGAGGAACAUGAGGCAGGACGGGAAGGGACGGAUCUUCAACGUUCUCCUGAAUGCCAAGAAGUAUCCGAAGGUCAAAAUCUACGCUGUGACCAAAGAGAAGAAUUCAGUACUGUGACCGGUUGUCUUUCAAAUGAAACGGGAAAAAAAACAGAUGAAGACGGGGGCGUUUCUCAGUACCGGCUUCUUCACCAUGAUUCUGGCUCUAGACAUGUGCGACAGCAUCCAGUUUAUGGAAAUGAUCGACGAGAAACUCUGCGUGAUGAGACACAGUUCUGAUGAUCGACUGUUGCUGUUUUAUCAUCAAGUAUAA